AACUGUUUGCUGCUAUGCUGUUUUACAUGUACUCCAGUUUGCUUUAAAACGUUUGAAGAUCUCUGUGUUACUGUGUUGCAUUACUGGACGUCGCUGUGUCCUAGUCGUUUCAAAUGUUUCUCUCUAAAGGUUAAUGGUUUCUAUGUCCAGGAGAUUAGUAGUGUAUUCCAGGCAGGGUCAGCCGUUGGUCUGACUCUUGUCCUCUGUUUUUCUUGGGAUGGUCAUCAGGCCUCCGGUCGCUCCAGGCCUCUAAUCGCGUCGCGCUGAAUUAGCACCUCAACAGCAGCAAUCUAAAAAUGGCCAAAGCCUGCAGUUUCAUUACGUAUUUAAGCACAUCUCAGCCUACAUGUUUCGAGAAAUAAUUGUUACGUACUAAUUACCUGUUAAUCCGGCAUGUCUGGUUCGCGGGCGGUCGGGGCGCUCGUGUCGCUGCUGCUUGGGCUCGCGCUGGUCGAUGUCGCGACGGCCGGCGGUGUCAAGCCCCUGACGCCUGGCGGGCGGCAGGUGCACCACAACCACGGCAAGUUCACGCCUGGCCCGUGGAAGCCCGCGCACGCGACGUUCUACGGCGGGCGCGACGGGUCCGGCACCACGGCAGGCGCGUGUGGGUACAAGGACACGGCGGCGGAGGGGUACGGCGUGCAGACGGUGGCCGUGAGCACGGUGCUGUUCGGCGACGGCGCGGCCUGCGGAGGGUGCUACGAGGUGAGGUGCGCGGACAGCCCCGACGGGUGCAAGCCCGGCGCGGCGCCCCUGGUCGUGACGGCGACGAACCUGUGCCCGCCCAACUACGAGCAGUCCGGGGACAGCGGCGGGUGGUGCAACCCGCCGCUCGAGCACUUGGACCUGAGCAUGCCGGCGUUCCUCCAGAUCGCGCAGGAGAAGGCCGGCAUCGUGCCGAUCUCCUACCGCAGGGUGCCGUGCGUGAAGCAGGGCGGGAUCCGGUACACGAUCACUGGGAACAAGUACUUCAACAUGGUGAUGGUGACGAACGUGGGCGGCGCCGGCGACGUGGCGGCGGUGUCGGUGAAGGGGAACAAGCGCGUGAAGUGGACGCCGCUGAAGCGCAACUGGGGGCAGCUGUGGCAGACGGGGGAGGACCUCACCGGCGAGUCGCUGACGUUCCGGGUGAUGACCAGCGACCACCGCAAGGCCACCUCGUGGCACGUCCUCCCCAAGGACUGGCAGUUCGGCGUCACGUACCAGGCGCCCAAGAACUUCUAGAAGACGAAGCCAUCGAGAAGAAAUGCAUGGCGAGCGAUUGAUCUUAACUACCUGACAAGCUGUGAGGCAUGUUGUAAAAUGCUCCAACAAGACACGAAGAAGCUGCAAAAUGCGCCAAUCCGCAGAUAUCUUGCAGUGCUGCUGGGUCAGGAAGAAAAGUAUGAGAUUCUCCAUUAUUGCGAUUUGCUUCCUGCAGGGACGAAAAUGACUCACUUGUCCACGGCAUCUCUCUUUUCCUUCCUCUGAGCAACUCCUAGCAAGUGAGAUAACAUAUUGUGGACUUAAAUGUAAAAAACAUUGUAGACAGAAAUACACUCGAGAAAUGAGAUUCGUUAUGUUUCAUUCCAUUAAAUCAUGUAUUUAUACAAGAUAAACAAAUAGGUUCAUAUCCAUUCGAAAGACGUAC